AUGGCUAGCAUUGCCGAAGCUUCCCCAUUCAUCGCAUGCGGUCCAGACUACGCCCAUGCAGACAAUCUUUCACUACCGUUCCCUCCUGCAGAUCUGGAGGGCACCUUGACAGGCCUGUGCCAUGGCUCCUCAGGCCCAGAAUCUUCGGAUGUGUUUUUGCCUGGCCUGCCCUGGCAGCAGUCGGAGUGGGAUUUAACGGAAAACUUCAUCAAAUACCCGGAAGACGCCUUACAAAACCCCCCAACCGGGAGCGUUGUUUCUGGAAAUGAAGCUGCCUUAAACGCCUCGGAAUGGGACUACCCAAUCCAUCAGACAGCACUGAGCCGUGAAUACAGCCCAUCAGCAGUUUCAACCCCAACAUCCGACCUCAUGUCUGCUUCAUCCGCCGCAUCGUCAGCAUCUUCUGCCCCCUUAUCACCACCAGCACAGCAACUAGCAAAGGAGCCUGUCGCCAGCAAAAAGCAGACACGCACACGGAAAAACUCUUCCGAAGAGGGAGGCGUCACCAAGAGGCCUCGGCGGACCAAGACAGUCCAGGAGCAGGAGGCCAGCCGCGUGCGCAUCCGCGAGAAGAACCGCAUCGCGGCAGACAAGUGCCGCGGCAGGCAGCGCAUUGCCAUGGAGAGGCUGAACAUGAAGCACGACAGCCUGGAGUACGAGAACCAGCAGCUUACCAAAAUGGCCAAGGAUCUGAUAGCGGAGCGCAUCGUGCUGAAGAACAUGCUGCUGGAGCAUGGCAACUGCGGGUGCGAGCUGAUUGAGAAUUACCUGCGCGAGUCUGCGGUGCGGUGGGUGAAGCAGGUGGAAUCGCAGGCGGUUAAUGUGGAAGCGGCCUGA